AUGGAGCAGCCCCAGUACAACAUGCUCCACCACACCCAUGUCAAGAAGGAGCUGUACUUGGAGAUUGGGCUGGGCAUGAUGAUCUGGUUGCUGCUGGCAUUGGGCCUGAUGGGCAACUUUGAGGGCAAGCCCAAGUUCCUCCAUGACAGCCUCCUCUCUGGCAAGGGCCUCAAUGGCCUGGAGACCACCAGGACAUGCCCCUGCCCCUUCCUGCAGUCCAACAAGCAGGUCCACAACAUCCAGGACCCCAGGUGGUGGUGA